AUGGCAUCCCCCCAAGUCGAUCAAUACGCUGGGCAAUUCACCAACACUGCUAUCACCCUCGACGCAGCUAGUCCACUCCGCACUAUUCAUCCAGGACUACGAUUCCUCCGUCUGCAAUGGCAAGAUUAUUCCGGUCUCCUGCGCGCACACCUCAUUUCCGUACACAUCCCGCCUAUCGCCUUUCACUGCAUUGUGGACAAUAACAUCCUCCCCGACCUCGAUCCCACCGGCAAUCGCUUUCUCAUCCCAGACUGGACCUCCCUGCGCUUCCUUCCAUCCUCUCCGUAUGCUACCGCAGCUAUGAUCGUCGAUGAACCCGUCUUCGUUCACGACCAUAUUUCGAUAUCCUGA